UACCGCGCGCCAUUUACCUGACGCGCACCUGCGGGCGUCACUCCCCGUAAAGCACGGGCGCGCGCAUCCCCAUCAGUCCUGCACGCGCGUUUGUGAGGGAGCGGGAUCCUUCGUGUCUCAGUCCACUGAAAGCUCAGUUUCACCAGAGUGCUUCAAACUGUCUCUACCUUUGUCUCUGACAACGCCGCGUCACUUUGAUGGGGAAUUCGAUAUCAGGGCGGGAAAAUGCCUGUUAUGAAGGGAUUGCUCGCGCCGCAGAACACAUUUUUGGAUACUAUAGCGACGCGUUUUGACGGCACACACAGCAACUUCAUCCUGGCCAAUGCACAAGUCUCCAAAGGCUUCCCGAUCGUGUACUGUUCGGAUGGAUUCUGUGAACUCACUGGAUUUGCCCGAACCGAGGUCAUGCAGCAGAGCUGCGCAUGCAAGUUUCUGUAUGGGCCGGAGACCAACGAGCACAUCAUUCUUCACGUGGACUCUGCGCUCGAGGAACGGAGCGAGCUCAAGGAGGAGAUAAUGUUCUACAAAAAGAGUGGUAGUGUGUUCUGGUGUCUGCUGGAUAUUGUGCCUAUCAAGAACGAGAAAGGAGAUGUUGUCCUUUUCCUCGCCUCUUUUAAAGACGUCACAGACACCAAAGCCAAAUCUAUACUUGAGGAGAAGAAAGACGAGUGCCGCCGCGAGAAGGUCAAGGGCGGGUCUCCAUUUGGCUCCACUCGGCUGCGUUCUAGCACAGUUCUGUACCACAUUUCAGGACACCUGCACAACCGUCAAAAACAGAGUAAAAUCAAACUUAACAAGAAUGUGUUUGGUGAUCCACCAGCUCUCCCUGAAUAUAAGGUCGCUGAUGCCAAGAAGUCCAAGUUCAUUCUUCUCCACUUCAGCACCUUCAAAGCCGGCUGGGAUUGGUUAAUCCUACUGGCUACAUUCUAUGUCGCGGUGACUGUGCCGUACAAUGUUUGUUUUAUUGGUGAUCAAGACUUGACACGUAGCACCACCGUCACGGACAUUGCCGUCGAGAUUCUCUUCAUCAUUGACAUCGUGUUCAGUUUCCGCACCACGUACGUGAGUAAGUCGGGGCAGGUGAUCUUCGAUGCGCGGCAGAUCUGCAUCCAUUACAUGACCACCUGGUUUAUCAUCGACCUGGUUGCUGCUCUGCCCUUUGAUCUCCUUUACGCUUUCAAAGUCAGCGUGGUGUCAGUGGUCCAUCUGCUAAAGACCGUACGACUGCUGAGACUGCUGCGCCUACUGCAGAAGAUGGACCGUUACUCCCAGCACAGUACGGUGGUGCUGACCCUGCUCAUGUCCAUGUUUGCACUGCUGGCCCACUGGAUGGCCUGCAUCUGGUACAUCAUCGGCAAGAAGGAAGUGGAGAGCAACGCAGACACCUGGGAUAUAGGUUGGCUGCAUGAGCUCGGGAAGCGGUUGGAGUCUCCAUAUGAGGAGGUGGGCAUGGAAGCGGUCAACAGAACGCUGAGCAGUGGACCGUCUUUGCGGAGCAUCUACAUUGCAGCGCUGUACUUCACCCUCAGCAGCCUGACCAGCGUGGGCUUCGGAAACGUCUCUGCCAACACAGACGCAGAGAAGAUCUUCUCCAUCUGCACCAUGCUUAUCGGAGCACUGAUGCACGCUCUGGUCUUCGGCAACGUGACGGCCAUAAUCCAACGCAUGUACUCACGAUGGUCCUCUUACCACACGCGCACUAAAGACCUGAAGGAUUUCAUCCGUGUGCACCACCUGCCCCAGAGCCUCAAACAGCGAAUGCUGGAGUACUUCCAGACCACCUGGUCCGUCAACAACGGCAUUGACUCCAACGAGCUCUUGAGAGACUUUCCAGAUGAGUUGCGUUCGGACAUCGCAAUGCAUCUGAAUAAAGAGAUACUAGAGCUUUCCGUCUUCUCCUCUCUGAGUCGUGGAUGUCUCCGCUCUCUCUCCUUGCACAUUAAGACGACGUUUUGCGCACCGGGCGAGUAUCUUCUUCGGCAGGGAGAUGCUCUACAGGCUCUUUUCUUUGUCUGCUCUGGCUCCAUGGAGGUGCUGAAGGACAGCAUGGUGUUAGCCAUCCUCGGUAAAGGCGACUUGAUUGGAGCCAACAUGUCAGUUGAUGACCGCGUCAUAAAGACAAACGCCGACGUGAAGGCACUGACGUACUGUGACCUGCAGUGCAUUAAUCUGAGGGGUCUCUAUGAGGUGCUCGACCUGUAUCCUGAAUACUCCCACCGUUUUGUGCAGGACAUCACGCACGACCUCACCUAUAACCUGAGAGAGGGACAAGAGUGCCACGUCAUAUCCAGGAUGUCCAGUAAGUCCAUGGACACACAGAUGGAAGGGAGGGGAAAUGGAGACGUGAUCCAGUGCUAUCCUCCAAUAGCUGAGCAUCAAGACGAGGGAGAUGAUGAUGAUGAAGAUGAUCAGAUACAUUAUCUCAGUGGUGGAACCAAACAGAAAAUGCACAUGCAGAAAAACGAUCACCAAACCAACAAAAAGCUCCAGUUUCAGCAUACAACUGUUACAAAGCCUGACCUUGCAAAUCUCAGCCCAAGGGUUGUGGACGGCACAGAGGACAGUGAUGGUACAGAAAAUUCCCACACGUUUAUAUUUUCCUCCAGUCAUCAGCACACUGUCAGUGGUGCAACUAAUACCACAGCCACCACAGCAGAUUUAGCAGCUAAAUCGGAGGACACCAGAGGACAGCUACACUACCUUAACCAAGAGGUGAGCUCUCUCGGACGGGAGGUGGCUGAGCUGGGACGAGUCAUGCGGAGUCUUGCCUUUCUCAUCGAAUCUAUGAUGGCCUCUCCUCAAACACCAGGUGUCUGUACAUCCGCAUUUACCUCGGGACAUCCCUCUCCUCCUAUCCCCUUCCAGGGCGAAGGUUCUUCCUGGGCCAGCCCGCCUUUUCCUUCACCGAUGCACCCUGGAAUACGUCAGGGAGGACUUGUAUCCCUUCCACUCAGGCCACAAGAACUGCAGCUGGUCUGCCCCACCACGUCUCACAGUUCAUUUCCCGUCACACUUUCCACAUCCCCCCAUACGGACAGAUUCAAAGAGCCUUUACUGGCCCUUUCUUCACACAGCGCAGUUGCUCGGACCCGCUCGCAGAGCCUGGAGACGCCUCUUCCACAACAUCAUCAACACAUCUCACAUGCCCCUGGAACUUUACCCAGAGCUGGACAGCCAUUGCUGGGAGAAGGGGAGGAUCUCAGGUCCCUGGGUUUGUAGCAAUCAACCUUUAAAAUGGACAAGUUCCACUGGAAUCUGCGUGUUAACCUGGACUCAGGACUGAACUGAUAAGAUAAGUGGUACACGCACUGCCAAAGCCAUGGAGCAAUGGUUCCUUCGAAGAUAUACGUGUUUACCAUUUCAGUUUUUAAGAUAAUCUCUCUAACGGCAUGUCUUUCAAUGCUAGAAACUAAAGGGAUAUCUCUAAUCAGGAAAUCUACACUAAACAAUUUAGUGUAGAAACAAUUUUCACUAUAUAAUUGCUAUUACAUUUCACAAUUAAUUUCAAAGAAGCAGCAAGUAACACAUUAUGAAGUGUAAAACACUUCAAUAGUCUUUGUUUUAUUUACAACUUUGAAAAAUCAUUUACAGCUUAUUUGGAGUUACAACAGCAGACAGUUUACUAGGAUCUAACCUACCUGCUAAAACAAAUGGUUUGUGAUUAAGAUUCAACCCAUAUUUCACAUUCACUGCAUUCAUUAUAUGUCCAAAUACUGUUAAUAUUAAGAAAAACAGCUCAAAAUUUUACUAAACUUUUAGUUUAUCCCCCACAAAAUAAACUUCUAUGUAAUGAAAUGUUCUAGAUUUAUUACAAGUUGCGCUUGAUCACCAUCUGUGACAUGCUGUCGAUUAUCACCGAUUAUAAUGCAUUUCCAAUGGCAGUCUAUGAAUAAUACAAAAAUAUACACCUAACCUAUGGAAGUCCCACCAGUAAAAGGACAAUUUACAGCUCAAAUAAAUUUUAGUCAUUUUUAGUAAGAAUUUUCUGGAACCUAAAAUCUUAUAAAAGAAAUCUUGCAGGUAGACUGGUAUGCUAAUGCUGCUGGAUGCUAUCUGUCUAGUUAAGUAAAAAGAGAAACCUCCCAUUUUCAGAAUUUAUAUUAGAAAAUCAGCUCUUUAAUCAGAUAUAAUGUAUGCUUAGAAGCAUGAGUUCUACUAAUCAAGGUUCUUAGUGCUUGAUAAAUGACUUUAUCCUCUAAUUUAGUCAGAUUAGCCAUGUAUGGUGUAAAAAUAAAAUGAACCUGCUUGUUUUAAAAUGCUAUGUAUAACAAAUUAACUAGUUGAUGGGUUGUCUGAACAACUAGUCAGUCUUAAGGAAGCAUUGCAUAAUUAAUAAUAGUCAUGUCACGUCCAUUGGAGACUAAUCUGACUUGCACAAAACUACCAUAGUCUUCACAUAAAAAGGAGAUGGAUUACGCAUAAUAACGGGAACAUUGCUCACAGUGGGCGAUCUUAAGUUUGACAGUAAUUGUUUUGGAAUUUAUUGUUGAAGGUGGUGAAUUCGUUACAGAAGUGGUGCUUUGAUGGCUGUAGCGACAAAGCUUUAAAGAGGAUGAAUUUAGAGACAAAACUUCUUGGAGAGUGUUUUAAAGUGCUGGCUGUAUACAGGUUACUGUUAGACAUUUAGCAUGCUAAAUCACAGCACAAUGACAACAGGCUCAAAGCCUCCGAGUUGUUGCAUCCCCUUUCAAGCGCCAUGCUAAAGACAGAAACUGUUAACACUUUACAGUAAGGUUUGUUAAAAUUAGUUCAUGCAUUUGGUAUUAUGAACUAACAAUGAACAACUAUUUUUACAACAUGAUUAGUUCACUUCAGAAUUAAAGUUCCCUGAUAAUUUAC